UAUAGCCCUAUCAGCUGCCACCCAACCACACUUCCCGCGCAUGGCCCGCCUCGCUCUGGCCGUCGCUCUGGCCGUCGCCGGGGCGUCGGAGCCGCUGGUGAUCGGCGGCAUCGAGUUCUCACGGGAGGAUGACAUCGAGAACAUGGAGAAGCUGUCCAACAUCCUGGGCCAGGCCUUCUACGCGAUGAUCUUGGCGCCUGAGGAUGCCUCGGCACUCCAGCAGUGGCAGGCGUUGUCCAGUGACAUUUGGAGCCUGGCCCAGUACGCAGUGCAGGUGCCGGCGCUUGCCCUGCCUGUGGCCAUGAGCUUGUACAACUACUUCUGGUGGGAAGGCCCGCAGAACCAGGAGCCCAACGCCAUGGCGGGCUACCAGGCUUCCGAGCUCAUGUACCUGGCGGUCCGCCACGCGAGGUGCCACGACCCUGCCCUGGAAGGCAUGGAGUUCUACAUCCAGCAAUGCCACCUGCGCUGGCGGUACCUGCUGAUGCUGGCGGGGGAGACUGGGCGACAUCUGGCGCUGGGAAGGAAUCUGUUGGCCGGCAGCCAGCUCUUGUCGAGGACUCGCGAGUACUUCCGGGAAGCCAAGCAGCUUCCGCACAUCGAACUGCUGAAGGGGCUGAGCUCUCAUGAAGUGAACUUCAACAUGGACUACUAUCCAGCCGCUACGCUCAGGCAUGGUCCUGUGUGGGACCCGCAAGUACUUCCCGUGGCCUCGUUCCUAGAGGAGAACUAUCCCGUGAUAAGGGGCGAACUGGAAAGCAUUCUGCGCGCUGGUUCGACCUUUGCCAGUCUGGAUGAGAGGACCAGAAAUGCGGAGACGCAGUUUGGCCCACGAGGGGAUGACUGGCUGACUGCCUAUCUCUUCCGCAAAGGGGAGCCAAUCCAAGAGGUCUGCAAGCACGCGCCUGGCACCUGUCAGCUGCUGCAGCAGCGCCCAGAGAUUGCCAAGUGCAAGACGAGCGGCUCUGGCGCGGGUUUUCUGCGGAUGCGGCCUGGGGGUCGCCUGAAGCCGCACUUCGGCAAUGCCCCGCGCUUGAGCGUGCAUUUGGGGUUGAUCGUCCCGGACGGGGAGAUCGUGAUGUCGGUGGGCAACAGUCAGGUUCGAUGGGAGGAGGGCAAAGCAAUCGUCUUCGACGACACCUUCAUCCAUCAGGUGGUGCACGACGGAGAAGAGCCCAGGUAUGUCAUGAAUCUUUGGAUGUGCCAUCCCUGUGACCCCUCGGAUGGCAAGGAGGAAGGGGAGGCGGUGCCUGCGUACUGCUUCGGGGAGCCGAGAGUGGGUGCCAUGCAACGCUUGGGGCUCCAGCCGCUGCCGCCCAAGUAUUGAA